UCUGACAGGCAGUCAGCUGCUGCAGGAAAGUUUUGACAUAGUUUGAUAGCUUUGUGUGUGUCGUGUUAUUACAUGCUAUCUUACUGAAACUUCAUUUCCUGCGUGCGCUUUCCAUUUGUCACCGAGUACCGUCCUGUAAAUUAAUCCGGUUUGUAGUUUUAUAUUUAUUUCAAAGAGGAAAAACAAAACAAACAAACAAACAACAACAACAACAACAACAAACAAUAACUGGUCACUUGGAAGAACUUUCGGAAUGAGCUUGAACGAACACUCCUUGCAGGCUCUGUCAUGGAGAAAGCUGUACUUGAGUCGAGCCAAACUAAAAGCCACAAGUCGCACUUCAGCUCUGCUCUCGGGCUUCGCAAUGGUUGCCAUGGUGGAGGUACAGCUGGAGCGGGAUUAUCAGUAUCCUCCAGGGCUGCUCAUAGCCUUCAGUGCCUGCACUACCGUUCUGGUUGCAGUACACCUCUUUGCCCUCAUGAUCAGCACAUGCAUCCUCCCGAAUCUUGAGGCUGUCAGCAACGUUCACAACCUCAACUCUGUCAACGAGUCUCCUCAUGAGCGCAUGCACCGCCACAUAGAACUGGCCUGGGCUUUCUCCACAGUCAUCGGCACCCUCCUCUUCCUCACAGAGGUGAUGCUCUUGUGCUGGGUGAAGUUCUUACCCCUCAAAAGCAACACCAAAGAAAACAACGGCACCAUAAGUUCCGGUGAGGCCGCAGCCAUCGCUUCCACUUGCAUCAUGGUGCCAUUUGGAAUUGUUUUUAUUGUGUUCGCCGUCCACUUUUACCGCACACUGGUUAGUCACAAAACGGACCGACAGAUCCGAGAGCUGGAGCAGGUCAUUCAGCUCCAGAACCAGCUGGAGCACAGGGCUGAGAAUGACGUCCUGAAGGCAGCUGUUCAUUUCCCUUGAUUAUGGCCAAUCAGCACAUUCAACAUCACAACAGUGGACAUUCAGUCAGGCUUUUAUUGUUAAAUCUCGUGUCAAAGCUUUACUGUUAAAGUUUAUGAACUAUGCUCAGAUGCCUUUUUUGAAUUUGCAAGCUUCUGUUUGUCAAGUGUUGCAGGUUUCGACUCAGUCCACUUUUGGAUAAUGCAUGCUCGCAAUCUUCUAAACAUUAUAUAUUAGGAAAAUAGUUUCACUUUUAACUUGGAGGUUAAAUCAUUUGCUCUCAGGUGCUAACAUUUCAGUGGCUUGCAGAAUGACAUAUCAUAUUUUAACAUUACACAUUUUAUGGCUAAAGUCUCCAAAGGACUUCAUGUGGGCACUUGGAGUGGAGUGAUACUCUUAAAUUUGUUUUGCUUUUUUAUGAAGUUAAAUAGCUGGCUGCUGAUUUCAUAGGACAAAUGUACUAUGUGGCAAUGAAUAACACGUUGCUGUUGAGUUGUAACGGUAGAAACCAGGACUUAACUUCAACCAUACUUGUAAAAUUUGGUCAAAUUGAAGAUCCACAUCAUAUCCAAACAAUGGCAGUAAAUUAAAGGUGCAUUUUCUUGUUGGAAUAUGACUUAACAAGGCCAGAACCUCUUUUCAGUUUUCAUGACGUCUGCAGCAAAGCCUGGUUUUAAUUCAGGGAAACGCUUCGGUGCUGCUCUGUUUGUGGUUUUCUUUCAGUAAUUUGCUGAUACGUAAGUUAUCAAAGAUAAGACUUCAAACUGUGCUGCUGAUGUAUAGGUAUACCGUAAAACUCGUCACCACUGCAGCAUCCACCUGUGCCGCUAAUAGAGUCAUGAUUUGAUUUGAUUUCAACUGUUCUUACGUGUGCCUCACUUUAAAUUCAGCUUUGUAGGGAGCAUUACCAAGCCUUCAUUAUCGGUACAGAUGUUCGUGUUCAAGAUGUGAACUGUGUGAGUGAAAUAUCAGUUAUGUUACAAACACUGUCUGCUUGUUUUAAAAUCAAAAUUAUGAAGCAGGUUGAGUCCUUUUAAAACAUUUACUAGUCCUUAGUUAUUCGCCUUGGUUGAUACACACAUUCCCAUCCUUCACUGUACUGAACAGUUGCUUGUGGGAACUUUUUAUUAAGCCCUGCUCACCAGUUGUUUUAGGUUGUGUGAAAUGUUUGUUCCCUUCCAUUUCCCAUACUCUACCCAUACUUUUCAGAUUUCUGAACAAUUUAGAUUUUACGACCUGCAUAAUCCUCAUUUUGAAGAGCUCCAAAAGCCUGUGAAACUGAAAAUUUAAAUUUAAGCUGAACAUUGUUUAGGUCUUUAACUAAACUAUAGAAAGAAUAUAUUAAUACUAAGAUCCAGCAGUAUUUGUGUGCAAGUUUGUGUGCAUUUUUUGAAAAUAAAUGCUGGUCAGGGAUGCUUUUAAUCAGUGUGUUAUUGCAGUGCACACACUUUUUAUAGCAGGGUUUGUUGGGAAUCCAAAUAAGGAGCAUGAGGAGCCAUGCUUUUGUAAAAAUCAGUCUUGGGUAAAAAUUUCACGUUGCUUUUGCAGUUCUAACAUACUGUAAUCCAAAAGCUGGUUACUGAUUUUGAUGAAGUAUUGUUAAUUGUAUUAUUAUAUAGCAUGCAUGUAUUGGAAAUGUGUAUAAAUUUGUAUGUUUUGUACUUUUCAUAGUUUACAAGCUUGAGUAUAUUCUCACAUUGUUUAGGUUACAGAUUUUUUCAAGUGUGGAAUAUAGAGUGUGUUCUUUUUGUCCUCUGGCACAUUGUUGAAUUGUUCUUCUUAGGUCUGACCUUUUUUUUUUUUUUUUUAAUUUCUCUCUAAGGAAAUGUGCUCACAUUCAGGGCUGGAUGACAAUUGAUUAUUAUCAUUACAUUCACAUCAGUAUAUCAUACCCCCAAACAUGCAUCUCUAAAUAUGUUGAACCAGCAAAACCCUACACAACAUGGGUUGUUAAAUAUUUGAGAAAAUACCCACAACCCUCUUUAAUCUAUGUAAUGAACGUGUAUUUGCAUUUUUAUCAUGUGAUUUUGAGUUGUUAACAUUGUAACAUAAUGUAUUUCUACCAAGGAGAUGCUGUCGUCAUUAUUGCAAUAUCAGUUUUGUCUUUAUCACCCACCCCCUACACAUGGUUCAUGCUGAGUCAUGGUAAUGUAAUAGUUUCUAUAGACCACAAGCUCCCUAAGUUUUUUGCAUUGGAAUUGUCCAGAUGAUAAUGUCUCUGGGACAUGUAACAGAAAACAAGGAGCCACAAGGUGUUCAUAAGUUACAGACUGUCAAGUAAAAUUAUCGUUACCCUUUGUCAAAGCACUGAUAAUAGUGUUUAAGACUUUUUUUUGUUACAAGGAAUUAAAUAAAGAGGUUUAUGCAGACUGA